CGUGGGAGCCGCGAUGAGCGCGGCCGAGGCGGACCGCGGGGCGUGGCUGCUGGUGCUGAGCUUCGUGUUCGGGUGCAACGUGCUGCGGAUCCUCCUGCCGUCCCUGUCCUCCUUCGUUUCCAGGGUGCUGCAGAAGGAUGCAGAGCAGGAGUCGCAGAUGAGGGCGGAGAUCCAGGACAUGAAGCAGGAGCUGGCCACCGUCAACAUGAUGGACGAAUUCGCCAGAUAUGCUAGGCUGGAAAGGAAGAUCAACAAGAUGACAGACAAGCUCAAAACUCAUGUGAAGGCACGGACAGCUCAGUUGGCCAAGAUCAAAUGGUUUAUAAGCGUCGCUUUCUACAUACUGCAAGCAGCACUGAUGAUUUCCCUCAUCUGGAAAUAUUACUCCGUCCCUGUAGCUGUGGUACCCAGCAAGUGGAUCACCCCGCUAGACCGCCUGGUGGCCUUCCCUACUCGAGUAGCAGGUGGAAUUGGAAUCACCUGUUGGAUUUUAGUCUGUAACAAGGUUGUGGCUAUUGUACUCCACCCUUUCAGCUGAGGAGGAGAUGAGCAG